AUGCAGUCACAUUCGCCCUCGCCCUCGCCCUCACUGGCGUUCGCCUCACACUCUCUUGCUCUCCCAGCCAAUCAAUCCGCAAAUCUUGUGACACCUCCUGCAUCUUCUCCAGCAGGGUAAGAACGGAAUUUUUUUUACUAAUCGCUGGGUAGGCCUUUUGUCGGUGUUGGGCAGCCCAUGCCCCACGAGUUUUCCAACAAACUCUGCAGAAUCACGUGCUUGAAAUCCGACAUCUACUUCUCUCUACCUCAACCAAGCCAAGAGGCGUUCCCAAGCUUCGGAGUAUUUCAACAGAUAUCAGCGGAAGAUCGUGUGGCUCAAGUUGAAAGUGUGUUGACGGCGCACCUCAUCGACAAUAACGAUUCGUUUCCGACUGGAGCCCGAGUUGGACUACCAGUAUACGAUAAUUUCGCACCCAGUCCUAAUCACGCUAUUUGGAACCCCUUUCAGCCUACACAUCCAAUCAAUGAUUCGUUCAUUACCGAAUAUGAUAUACAGCCGUCUGUGGACAACAUGAACGCAGUAGCGAUGCCGUUGUAUUCAGCAACACCAGGAACCGACUUUCCAUUCCCUAUCCUCCAAGGACCUGUAACCCCAAAACCACGCACACCUUGCCAGUACUGUAUGGAAACAUUUACUCGAGUCCCUGAUCUUGCUCGCCAUAUUCAAUCGGUCCACAUGGGUAUCAAGCAUCACUGUACCUACCCGGGAUGUCCCAAUAACCGUGGAAAGGGAUACUGCCGUCUUGAGAAGCUUAGAACUCACCAGAAGGAGAAGCAUGGAUUUGCUUUGAUGUAGUUCUCAUUUGGUUCAUCAAAAACUCCAUUUGAAGAUACGAAGGUAUGAGGAGAAUAAGCGAGGUUUCGAAGGAAUAGUCUUGAUCCGUUUCCUUUCGCUUGUUAUUCGAGCCCUGGGAAUGUAAUAUGGAGGAGGAUCUCGAUUUGCUUUUAUUGCGUUUUCAUUCGCUAUUUUCAUUGGGAGGGUUGAUGAAUGGGUGAUGAAGUCUAGCG